GGGACCGAAAUGAAAAUCGAGAAACGUUAACGAACUAACCGUUCAGAACAAAAACCGCGGCACGUCCAAAAGAACAAACAAAUUCGCAUUGCACUUUCAUUCAUUCCCUCCUCUUCUUAACCUCCUCCAUGUUCGCGCGUUGGACUCUUUCCAUUUCCGUACUUGCUUCGUUCUCUUUCACGAAAUCCAUUUUCACGAUCAUAGAGGUCUAAUUCGGAGGAAUUUUUUGUUUUCUCCCAUGAAUAAUCCUUCGCAAGUCGAUUAAAUCGGAGGAUUUGAUUCUCCAAUCCUCAGCUCGAAGAUUAAGAAGGAGCUAUGGAUCGGAUGAGACCGGUAUAUACUCGACAGAAAAGUAAUGCUGGCACCCCACUGGCUCCAGCGUCGCCGUUGGUGUCCUCGUUUCCCCACCACAACCGAUCAGGUUCAACUGGCUUGGCAAAUUCCAGGAGGGGACAGAACAAUGCAGCGAAAGCUGCAGCACAAAGGCUUGCUAAAGUGAUGGCAAGUUCAGCUGAUGAUGAGGAUGAAGAAGAUGAUCUUUCUUUUGAUUAUAGUUUAGCGAGUGGCACAGGGAGCAUUGGUCUAGCAGGUGGAAGAUCAGUCAGAGCCCGCUCUCCUAUGCAAUCAUUUAGAACUAUUCAAGAACAACCUACUUCAGGACAUGCGGGAUCAAUCGGUCGAGCAUCUCAAACUGUGAACCCUACAGAGCAAUCAUUGUCAGGUCGUUCAACGCUAGGAUAUCGGCCAGCUCAUUCUGAUAAUAAUGUUGAACAGCCGCUCAUUACUCGCACUUCGACCUCUGGUCGCUCAUCCCAUCUAGGCAACUCCAUAGAACAGACUCCAUCUACUCGUUCAACAUCAAUUAGUCGUCCAAAUUUGGGAGUCAGGACUGUUCCAUUGGUACCUUCUUCUGUAUCCAUAUCACUUAAACCAACAUUGCCAGUAACUCCCAAAGAGGGUCAAUCUGAUACGAGAACAUCACUUAGACCAGCGUUGCCGGUAACUCCAAAAGAGGGUCAAGUUGAUACUAGAGCAUCACAUAGACCAGCCUUGCCUGUAACUCCAAAAGAGGGUCAAUUUGAUAUCAAAACGUCACUUAGACCAGCCUUGCCCGUGACACCAAAAGAGGCUCAGUUUGAUUCUAAGAUAUCAAUUAGACCAAGCUUUCCAGUAACUCCAACAGAGGGUCAGUUAGACACCAAAAGAGAUAAGAGACUAUCUUUGGAUAUGGGAAGCAUAAACUUCAGAGACACUAGCAACCAGCCUUCCAGUUCUGAUCUACAGGAUGAGCUUGAUAUGGUACAGGAGGAAAAUGAGACUUUACUUGAAAAGCUUCGACUUGCAGAAGAAAGAUGUGAGGAAGCAGAGGCUAGAGCCCGGCAGCUUGAGAGUCAGGUUGCUAUGCUUGGAGAAGGUGUGACGCUAGAAGCCCGUCUUUUGAGCAGGAAGGAGGCAGCUUUGCAGCAGAGAGAGGCUGCUUUGAGAGUUGCAUCACAAUCUCACGGGAGCAGAGGUACUCAUCAUAUUGCUGCACUUAAAACUGAAGCAGAGACCGCAAGGGAUGAGGCAACAUCUGCUUUGGAGCACUUGGACGAAGCUGAGGCAGAGUUGCAGUCGCUUAGGAUUAUGACCCAUAGAAUGAUACUGACCAAAGAAGAAAUGGAAGAGGUUGUUUUGAAGAGGUGUUGGCUUGCUCGAUACUGGAGCUUAUGCGUCCGUUAUGGUAUUCAUGCUGAGGUAGCUGGAGCAAGAUAUGAAUACUGGUCAUCGUUUACUUCAAGUCCCGUUGAAGUUGUUUUGGAAGCAGGAAAGAAAGCUAAAGAGGUGACAGCAAGCAAUGAUUUGGAGGGAAGAGAAAAUCAACGAGACUUGAACGAAUUUUCCAGUGAGUCAAAUGUCGAAAGCAUGCUUUUAGUGGAGAGAGGUUUGCGGGAGCUGGCCACAUUGAAGGUAGAGGACGCAGUGGCUCUUGCAAUGGCUCGCGAUCGACGUGCAAAUUUGUUAAAACCAGAUGAAGCAAAGCUCCCUAUAGAAGGACAAUUUGAAGCAUUUGAAUUAAGCCCAGAGGAGUCAGAGGAUGUAGCGUUUAAGCAGGCUUGGCUCACCUAUUUCUGGAAGAGAGCAAAACUUGAUGAACUUGAACCAGACAUAGCAGAUGAACGUCUAGAGUUCUGGAUCAACCACACUAACAAAUCUACUUCUCAUGAUGCCGUUGAUGUUGAGCGUGGGCUGAUAGAGUUGAGGAAGCUAGGCAUUGAAAACCAGCUGUGGGAAAGAUCUCGAAGAGGGUUAGAGGUGAACCCUAACCGCAGACCUCAUCAAUCCGACUUCUGAAAAUACAGUGCAACUCCGUUUCCAUCCACCUGGUAAUUUAGUAUAAGAUGGGGAAGACGCUCAAAGUUCAUAUAUAUUACAUUAAAAUCCUCCAUUUUUCUCGACUGGUUUGUCAUGAGAAUAUUGAUGUUUUGUUGAUCAUCUCAAAACAUAAAACUAAUAACUUUUAAUUCCUCAUUUGUUUUUAUUUUUUUAACUUAUAAUUUACAUGUGGUUUUGCUUGACUGACCUUAAAGACUAUGUAAUGUAAUAAUGACACUACCUAAUUAAGUACAAAGUUGCCUGCUUUUCCAAUACACAGUUUCAAUUUUAAAUUAA